AUGCUCACUUGGCGCGCGGUGCGCAAGUUCGUGUGGGGAGAUGUCCCCGAGACGAGGGCGGAGCAGAUCUUGCUCUUGAAGAUCGACUGGUUCAUCCUGUCGUAUUGCUGUCUAAUGUACUUUACGAUCUACCUGGACACAAGCAAUGUGGCCAACGCAUACGUUUCCGGGAUGAAGGAAGAGUUGCACAUGUAUGGGACGCAGUAUAAUAAACUCAACACCAUAUGGACGUGCGGGUACAUUAUUGGGAUGAUCCCGAAUAAUUUGAUGCUUCAAGUCGUAUCGCCCAGAAUAUGGUUUCCUUCGACGCAGAUCGUAUGGGGCGUAUUGACGUUCUGCGCGAGCACAGUGAAGAACAUCAACCAGUUGUAUGCUAUCAGGUUCAUCCAGGGCGUGGCAGAGGCAUCUGCCUUUAUAGGCACGCAUUACGUCCUGGGCUCGUGGUACAAGACUGGAGAACUCGGCAAGAGAUCUGGAAUAUUCACCAGCUCAGGGCUGAUUGGCACAUUAUUUUCGGGUGUGCUCCAAGCAGCCGUGUAUCAAAACCUAAACGGGGUUUCGGGGCGCAGCGGCUGGCGCUGGCUGUUCAUCAUCGACGGUGUGAUCACGCUCCCGAUAGCGCUGUACGGCUUUCUGGUCUUCCCCAAUGUCCCUUCCACCACGACUGCAUUCUACCUAUCAGAAGAGGAACGGCGACUUGCUGUCGCGCGUAUUCAAGCAGACAAGAAACUGAACGCUAAGGGGGCGCACGGCCAACUCAGCUGGGACCUGGUGCGAAGGGUGCUCGGUCGAUGGAGGUGGUAUGGCUGCAGCCUUCUCUUUCUUGUCUCGGGAGAAUGCGAGAGCUUCGGGUCGAACAAUCUGAUGGGGCUGUGGCUCAAGGCUGUCGGUGGCUACACAGUAGAAGAAGUUGAUUACUAUCCUUCGGGGGUCACCGCUUUCGGCAUCGUCUCGACCCUCGUCUGUGCAACAUGGACAGAUUCGACACGGUCGCGUGCGCGGUGGCCUGUGCUUGUGUGGAUAUCUGUUGCUGUGAUCGUUGCCAGCAUCUGCAUUGUGGUGUGGAGCAGCCCGACAGGGCUGAAGUUCUUUGCGUACUACUUAGCCGGCGCAAGUUACACCGGACAGGCGACGACGUUCACAUGGGCAAAUCAGAUUUGCGCAGACGAUGAUCAAGAGCGAGCCAUCGUGCUCGCUUCCAUGAACAUGUGGAACAAUGCCGUCAACGCCUGGUGGCCGCUCAUUUUCUAUCCCGCGACUGAUGCGCCCAAGUUCCGCAAGGGAAUGUGGGCGAUGAUUGGCACCGGUGUGGCUACAUUGAUGGUGACUUUCUUCGUGUGGUACAUGGAGCAGAGGGAGAAGAGGUCUAGGCUCGUGCUCGAGGAAGACGAUGGAGAUGGAGAUGUGAAGAUCAGCGAGAAGGAUGUGGAUGUAGAAACAGUGAGUGCGACGUAAAAUGAUUAUUGUACACAGUGCAUGGCACAGUCAGCAGGGGUCAUCGUUCAGCGAUCCCCCCUCUGCAUCUUCACCCUGU